AUCCCCACGACAGACGCAGAGCGCGCUGUGGUUACUCUGGUGACUGCGUGAGCGCCGCGCGAGGGAUGCUGGUGAGGACGCCGUAGGGAGCCGCCGCCGCCCCUGGAGACCUCCAUUCACCCGCGGGGCAGCCAGGUCGCGGACUGGGAGGUUGUGGGCAGGGCACCUGCUGCUGUUGAGAAAGAACAGAUUACAGCACGAUAAGCCAGCAUCAGAUAUAAACCAUCACCUGCAACUACCUCCACGAGAACCUAUCUUAGAAAAGAAAAAAGAAACUAAAUGGAUUGCCCGAAAGAGGGGGGAGACUAACUUGGGACCUGUUGGAGCUGGGGAUUUUGAAGUACUGCUUUCUAAGCCCCAAUCGCCCCCCUUCAGAUACUUUUAUACCAACUUUAUGAUUUUCUAAGUUAGUCUGAUUUGAACUGUAAUCCUGUGACGGUGUUAACUGGAGUUGGGCCGGUUCCUGGUGCUCAUUUGGGAACACAUUUUGGGGAGACUCUCUGAUCAUCAAAACCCUGCACGGAUAAAAAGAAGAUCUCAGAGUGGACCGGUGCCUCCAAAGGAGCCUUGGAACCAUGUGGGCUUUUCUUGGCCUUGCCACUUUCACGUAUUUCUAUAAGAAAUGCGGGGACUUCGUCACUUUUGCCAACAAGGAACUCCUGCUGUGCGUGCUGGUGUUCCUGUCGCUGGGCCUGGUGCUGUCCUACCGCUGUCGCUCCCGGAGCGGGGCCCUCCCGAGGCGCCAGCAGAGCGGGGCCCAGCUCGCGGUCUUCUCGGAGAUCCUGUCCGCCUUGCCUUUCAUCGGCUUCUUCUGGGCUAAAUCCCCUCCAGGGACAGAAAAGAAAGAGCAAGUGGAGUGUAGGAAGUGCAAAAAACGAACCAGUGUUUCAGAAACCACCUUAGUAGGAGGAGCUGCCGCUACAUCGGUGUCUUCUCAGAAUGAUCCAGAGGUUAUCAUCGUGGGGUCUGGCGUCCUCGGCUCUGCUUUGGCAGCAGUGCUCUCCAGAGAUGGAAGAACUGUGACAGUGAUUGAGAGAGAUUUACAAGAGCCCGACAGGAUCGUUGGAGAAUACCUGCAGCCAGGUGGUUAUCAUGUCCUUAAGGACCUUGGUCUUGAAGAUACAGUGGAAGGUAUUGAUGCCCAAGUUAUAAAUGGCUAUAUCAUUCAUGACAGCGAAAGCAAAUCAAACGUUCAGGUUCCUUACCCUCUGUCAGAAGACAAUCAGGUGCGGAGCGGACGAGCUUUCCAUCAUGGAAGGUUCAUCAUGAGUCUCCGGAAAGCAGCUAUGAUGGAGCCCAAUACAAAGUUUAUUGAGGGCGUUGUGCUACAGUUAUUAGAAGAAGAUGAUGCUGUGGUUGGAGUUCAGUACAGGGAUAAAGAAACUGGAGAUAUCAAGGAACUUCAUGCUCCAUUGACUGUUGUUGCAGAUGGACUGUUUUCCAAGUUUAGGAAAAACCUGAUCUCCAAUAAAGUUUCUGUUUCGUCUCAUUUUGUUGGCCUUCUCAUGGAGAAUGUACCACAAUUUAAAGCAAAUCAUGCUGAACUUGUUUUAAUUAAUCCGAGUCCAGUUCUCAUCUACCAGAUUUCACCUAAUGAAACUCGAGUACUUGUUGACGUCCAAGGAGAAUUGCCAAGGAAUUUAAGAGAAUACAUGGCUGAAAAAAUUUACCCACAAUUACCUGAUCACUUGAAAGAACCAUUCCUAGAAGCCACUCAGAAUUCUCGUUUGAGGUCUAUGCCAGCAAGUUUCCUUCCUCCUUCACCAGUAAACAAACGAGGUGUUCUUCUUUUGGGAGAUGCAUAUAAUAUAAGGCAUCCUCUUACUGGAGGAGGAAUGACUGUUGCUUUUAAAGAUAUAAAACUAUGGAGAAAAUUGCUAAAGGGCAUCCCUGACCUUUAUGAUGAUGCAGCUGUUUUCCAGGCCAAAAAAUCAUUCUAUUGGUCAAGAAAAAUGUCUCAUUCCUUUGUUGUGAAUAUCCUUGCUCAGGCUCUUUAUGAAUUAUUCUCUGGAACAGAUGAUUCACUACAUCAACUAAGAAAAGCCUGUUUUUUGUAUUUCAAACUUGGUGGAGAAUGCAUUGCUGGUCCUGUUGGGCUGCUUUCUGUGCUGUCUCCCAACCCUCUCUGUUUAAUCGGACACUUCUUUGCGGUUGCGGUCUAUGCCACAUAUUUUUGCUUUAAAUCGGAGCCUUGGAUUACGAAACCCCGAGCCAUUUUCAGUAGUGGUGCUGUAUUGUACAAAGCGUGUUCUGUGAUAUUCCCUCUGAUUUACUCAGAAAUGAAGUACUUGAUUCAUUAAGCUUAGAAGGGGACCAUUUGUGAAUGAAUAUUUGGACUCACCAAAGCUGAGAGACUUCCGGACGAGGAGUCAUGCAGCAUAGCACUGUACUGCUUCCAAAGUGGAAACUCUUGGACCAAGAUGGGGAUUAAUUUGUUUUUGAAGUUAUUUGUAUAUAAACGUGUAUAUACUUUAAUUUGCAGUUUAAAAUGAAGGGUCAAAUAAGAUAGUUUAAAAGAAAUGAUUGUUACCAUAAAUUAGUGCUAAAACUAAUACUGAGAAGUUUUUCUUUUAAAUUCAGUAUUUGGGAAUGAGUUAUCGUGGGACAUAUAAAUAAAAUGAAGAAUGAA